UGUUUUGAGUAGUGGGAUUUAAGGCCUGCCAUGCCACUGCCUUGCAAGGCCGUAAGUUCGAAUCUUGAUCGCUACAGUGGCGCUGCGAUCUAGUAGGGCUUUUAAUUUCGUGGGCGUUUUGAUUAAAAAAUUUCUAUCCAUUUUGUAAUGGAUAGUUUGUUUGGGGAUUAAUGAGCUGUGUAAUUUUUUAGUUAGGUUUUGCCCAGGUACAUUGCUGAUCAGGCAAGAGUUGGGUUUGGUCUGGUAAAGAAAAUCUUGGAUCGUGAAAUGGAAGUUGCUUGCUUCCACCCGGAGGCUGCCAUGGACUAUCUGAGUGAGUCUUAAGCACGGCCCGUACCGCAUGUCCAUGUCAAACUGUUUACGUACAUCAUUUGCUUGCGAAACAAAAUCAAGGGAAUUUUUUUUCCAAUCGUCUUGCAUAGGUUAUUAUAAGAUUUCAGCCAUUGAUUUUAAAAGUCAGCCGGCGUAAUCAUUUUCUUUGAUAAGUUUAUUUUGCAAGAUCUUAAUGUACAUCAUAGCUACAGUCGAAAGAUUUAGAUCCUACUAAUACAUAGUGGUCGGAAGAGCGUAAGGAGGUGCGAAAAUUGCAAUUUGCAUUGAAGAAAGCAGAAGUGUGAAAGGAUGGCAGAUGCCCAAGAGUUCCCAGAGAUCGAACCGGGGACAUUUGACGUGAUAGUAAUAGGCACAGGGCUUCAAGAAUCGAUCAUGGCAGCGGCCGCAGCAUCUUCAGGGCAGAGUGUGCUUCACAUAGACUCCAAUUCCUUUUAUGGCCACCACUGGGCUUCUCUAUCUCUUGAUGAAGUCACCCAGUGGGCAUCUUCAGGUGGCCGCUUCAGUGCUACCCAACCUCAGCUGCAAAUUAACAACGCCACUGAAACACUAAAAUCUCCCGACGGCGAGGAUCUCCAACUGGAAACCCUAACCGAUCAAAUUUUAUAUUCAGAUUUUGAACAAAAAACUUACAAUUUAGAAGGUCUAGGGCCUUCCAGGAGCUUCAAUUUGGACAUCGCAGGCCCUAAGCUUUGCCUUUGCGGAGGCCCUUUGGUGGAUUUGUUAUUGAAGUCCGGGGGAAGUAAAUACAUGGAGUUCAAGUCUGUGGAGGGCAGCUAUAUUUGGUCGGGAUUGGGGCAAGGUUUGACGCCUGUGCCGGAUUCCAGGGCCAGUAUUUUUCAGGACAGGACGCUCAGUUUGGUGGAGAAGAAGCAUCUUAUGAGGUUCUUCAAGUUGAUUCAGAAUCAAGAGAAGCUCAGCCUGGAGGACUUGGAGAGCAGUUUUGUGCAUUUUUUGGACCAACAGCGUCUGCCGUCAUCAAUCAAAUCCAUGAUUUUAUAUGCCAUAGCUCUAGCAGAUUAUGAUCAGGAGGACGAGUCUCAGGGGCAAAGCACAGUACUAAGAACAAAAGAUGGCAUUGAACGUUUAGUUCUCUAUCUCUCAUCGAUUGGCAGAUUUGUUAACGCAUCUGGAGCAUUUUUAUAUCCAGUCUAUGGCCAAGCAGAGCUGCCUCAAGCUUUUUGCCGCACUGCUGCUAUCAAAGGAACAAUUUAUGUGCUUCGCAUGGCAGUGACUGGUUUGCUUAUCAGUAAGGAAAGUCGAGUCUACAAGGGAAUAAAGAUAGCAUCUGGUCAAUAUUUGUUCAGUCAUAAACUUGUUAUCAACUUCUCUGCUGCCUUACCAUCUGGAUUGUCCUCAUCCCUGGCUGAGUUGAAACUCAACGAAACUGAAUCAGAUGACAUAAAAUCAUCUGCAUCAUUAGAUGCAUCUAUGGAACUCAUAAAGAAUAACUCUGGGAGGACAGAACAGCUGCUACAUCCAAUCAUCCAUUCUCCUUCUAAGGUAUCUUGGAAAGUAGCAAGAUGCAUAUGCAUCACAAAUCAGUCUCUAAAGCCAGAUCUGUCAACGGUAUUGGUGGCCUUCCCACCUAGAUCUAUAAUUGGAAAUCAGAGAACAACAAUCCGAGCACUUCAGUUGGGCAGCAAUACAUCAGCAUGCCCAGAAGGAAUGUUCGUUGUAUAUUUUUCAACACCAUGUUCAGAUCCAGUACAAGGAAAGGAAGCACUUAUGUCAGCCAUUGAAUCUCUUUUUAUGCUUCCUAAUGGAACACCUGAACCAGAGACAUCAUCUCUCAAUAUCAAUGCAUUGGAGAGGAGUAAACCAACUUUACUCUGGUUCACUUUAUUUGUUCAACAAUUUAUGGAGGAUCUGGAGCAUUUGCAAUGUUCAGUAGCACAAUGUUGCAUGCCUGAUGAGACACUUUGUUACAGGCGACUUGUAAUGUCAACAUCCAAGAUGUUUCAAGAUUUGUUCCAUGCAGAAAUGUUGUUUCCCAAAACUGUAGAGUCAGAAGAUGUAAUGGAAAAUGAAGAUGACUUGUCGAACUGAUGUGAGCAGAAAAAAGACUCUUAUGAAAGAUUGAUUUCUAUUAGAUAUAAUGUUCUUGUCAAUCUAAUUACAGUAAUCAUGAGCAACAUCUUCUAACAAUUCUACUUGCAUGUUUGACUCGUUAAGAGUGACAAGGAAAUAUGAGAAGAAACUGAACAAAGAAUAUUUAAUGCUAUAUUUUAUUAUUCUUUCCUUGACUUGGAAAGAAUAUGAAUGAAAAAGGAAAUAUAAUUUAAAUGGUCCAA